CAACUCUACAAUUUCAAUCUUUUCUCUGUACUUAGCCAUCCAGAGUCAUAACCACCACUAUAUUAAAAUGAAGACUUAUGAUUUCAUGAACGUCAACUCUUUCUCUCCUAAGGAAAGACCCAUUCGCCUCUUUGGCUUCGAGUUUGGAGCUUCUCAUGAAGAAUCUGAGUCCAAAGACAAUUACAACGAGAACAAUGAAAGCAUCAAAGACGAUAACAAAGAAAAAAGAUUCAAGUGCCACUAUUGUUUCCGGAACUUCCCUACUUCACAAGCCCUAGGCGGCCAUCAAAACGCUCACAAGAGAGAACGUCAACAAACUAAACGCUUCAACCUCCAUUCAAACGCAGCCGCUUUCUUCCACCGCCAACAAAACCACAUUGCUGCUUCUAGGCUCUACGAGGAUCGCUAUAGCCUUGAAGCUGUUCAAAUCAACGACGCGAGAUUAGGGUUAUGUCGUAUGUAUAACUCAUCUGCGAGUUUUAAUCGUGACCGUUCAUCUUAUUAUAAUAGAUAUAUUCCUUGGUUCAUCGGUGAUCACCAGACUAGACCAACGUAUGUCGGUGGUGGUAGCAGCAGCCAUGGUCUGUUUUACGAGUCCAAGAAGAAUGUACCGGACCACGUGAGUUUGGAUCUACGCCUCUAGUUCCAUUCUUUUAGUAUCUCUCUCUAGCUAGUUCUUAAAAAAAAAAAAAGAGAGACUAGUUUUUUUUCCUUCUUUCAAAUACUUUUUAUUUUAUUUUAGUCUACUUGAUUAAUUAUGAAUUUAUGAUAGUGUAUCCCCG